AUGGCUUUAGCCAAUCCCAGAAAACGGGCCAGAGCAUGUCCCGACCUCGAUAACUACAAAGAUGAUAUCAUAAUGAGAUACAAUCUGGGUUGGCCUCUUCGAAAGAUUGUGGAGGAGUCCAACGCGGACUUUGGGUUAAAUGCAACAGAGUGUCAAUAUAAAGGGCGUCUAUAUGGUCCCUGGCGCUGCCGUAAACGCUUGAAAACAGAGGAAUGGGUCCUGGUUAAUCAAAAGAUGACUACCCGAGAGGCCUUAGGAAAGACUGAAACACAAGUUGUUCUCAAUGGUGGCACUUGCAUUUCGCAACAGACCCUGGAAAGAGGGAGACGAAGGCACAUUACAUUUACCGACAAGCUAUUCGCCGCGAUGGCGGGACCACUGGGAAGUCAACGCGAGAGUGUGCGGGACGGGGCGAUUGAGGUAUACUCUCCUCCUAGCCUUAGUCCUUUCAUCCCGUUGUUAAACCCGCCCAAACCUAAGAUCCCGUACUCUCUUCUGUAUUGUUUGCCGAUUGUUAUAUCGGAAGUAUCUCUAGUCGCUGCAUUUAGGCGCAGCACCUCUAGCCACUCCACUAACCUUAGUUCGGCAAAACCACACCCCUCGCUAGCCCUCUUGAGGGUCAUAAUAUUUCGGCUUUCAAACAACUUGUUUAAGAAAGAGGAAAUUUUAGCACUUCUUGAUUCCGUGGACAAGCUAGGAUAUAGAGAACCGCUUAAGGAACUCCUCUCACUUAAAACUAUAUCAAUAGAAGCUGCGUGUUACAAUCUCAUCACCAUUUGCUACGAGAGAGCAGACGAAGAACUCACCAGCCAUAUUCGAGCUCUUUAUCCAGACCUGGAGCUCGAUCUUUACUCCCUUGCAGCACAAAUUAUAUGUCCCGCGGUAGAAUUUGAGUCCGAUGUGGACUGGGAUCAACCGAAUUAUCACCAAGACCAAAGAUUCAAACUGUUUUUCGGUUCUCUAUUAUCCAACGCUUCAAAGAUUCGAUUACAACAAAACCUUUCACGCCCCAACAACAAUACAAGCUCGCUUUCCUGCUCCCUAAGGCUGGUUUUAGACCAUAUUCGACGUUACAAAGCUCUUCCUUAUGAUCGAUGGUCUUCCAGGUUGUUACUACUCCUAUGCGAAGAGGUUUUGGAAGAUCUGGGUUUAUUUUUCGAAGUAUGGGAUCCCGUGAGAGUGCCGGUAGAUAUGGUAGAGUCAUUGGACCCCGAGUGUCCUUACAUGCCUCUCGCUACGACUACAAUUUCUACCAUGGAAAUAUUAUCUGCGGCAGGCUUUCAGCAUGGCAAGGCCUUGUUACUGCUAAGAGCUUCAAUACAGAAGGACCACAAGCUAUUUCAAGCUUGCCUCGAGAGAUUCUAUCCGAAUUGGUGGUUGGAGGGCCAUAGUGAACUGCUUUUAUUUGAUAUCGAUAGCAAAGGAGAUUUCAGGGACUGCCGAACGCAAGAAAUACUUUGGGAAGCUACCAUGAUUAUAAAUAGCUUCUGCUCGAAGGACAUGUGUUGUCAAUGGCUCCAAGAAGAGAGGCAAGCUAGUAUGUCGCCCGAGGGUGCUAAAUGGUGGCGCGAUCGUGCCCCAGAGCUAGGUCGCGAUGCGACCUUCAUAGAGAUUUCUGGCCACCUGCCGCGCACGUGGCUGAAAGGCCACGUGCUUAGCAUUAGUGAGAAUUAUGCUCGCCUCUUGAUUUACAUAGGAAUGAUACGGGAGGACCUCAGAGACGAAGUGUUCGAGCUGGUAUGGCAAAGAUAUAUACAGAUGUGGCCACCAGUACCUAGCGAUGAAGCUAAGAAUUGCAUACGAGAAGAGUAUGAUUGCUUUCUCUUUAGCAUCAUUACUGACGCUGCAACUAAGCAGGCAGGCCGGUUUUCUCCAGCCCUGAUCAGCGUACAAAACAUUCUUGACUUCAAACCCCCUCUCCGAUUCCUUGGGGAGCCAUCCUUCCACCAGAAGUUAAGCAUCAUUCAGAAGAUUAUCAAUGAUGUCGACGAUGUCAAUCGACAAAAGAUUUUUGCUCAUUUUAUGAGAGAAUUGUUCGGUAUUGAGCGACCCCCGGUGCCGGCCAGUCAAGACCAACUACGAUUGUCGGAAUUGGUAAGGUUUCUACAGGAAACUGGCUUAGACCUUGACUUUGCCGUCGAUCAUUUCGUUCGUGGUGCUUCCAAGACCUUUAAAGUUGAAGAUGUGGGAUGGGUUACAAAGAAGGGAAGCGGAAACGAAACAUAUCUCGACAUAUCCUUUAGAAAAUCUUCGCCUUGGCUGUUUAUCCUACUUCUUUCCUGUGGGGCGCAUCCCCGAACUUUAGAAGAUUCUUUCGAGCUUGGAGGUCGGGAUGAGGAUCGGGAUGAGGAUCGGGAUGAGGGGAGGAUACCGGGAGCAAUGUGGCUUGCGGCAGAGAGUCGAGAUUGUGAUGCUAUUUCAGGGCUAUGGAGCUCGAGGAUUUCACCAGUGAGGCCGGGAUCGGGCGAACAUGGGUUGAAACUGGCCGUCAAAGAUGUCAUUGCCACAGUUAGUCAAGGUCAGCUCGAUAAAGCUACCAGGCUUAUCUUUCGGCCCGCUGAGGCCAAGGAUUCUGCAACCGUUAAAUUUUUCUCUCUCCUAGGGGAGGCUCUGGUCUCUCAAUUGCAUUUGAGGCCUGAGCUGUUUUCGCCAGCUGAUACUGCCGUUACUAAAUUCCUAAUAUCAAGCAUAACUUCACCAGCCUUCGCAAGUGCCGUUGGAGAGUGGUGUCCCGAGGAGCUUAAAGUAUCGGGUUCCCAUGAUUGCGAGCGGUAUUGCGUCCGGCGCCGCUGGAUACCAAAGAGUACGGGUAUACACCCCUUGAGUGUUCAAUAUCUGUUCUACAAGACUUGUUUUGAGCCAGUAGUGCUGAAAUCAAUUCAGCUCGGGAAGGUUAAAGUGAUCGCAGGGCUAGUGGAAGCUCCAGGGGUGGCUCAUCAACUUAUAACAUGGUUCCCAUCAUCAUUUCGGGCCUAUGUUAGUGCUGCAGCUGAGCACAGUCUAGAAAUCCUAAAACUUCUCGUAGCGGCUGGCCCUAGUAUUGAGGAACUGUACAAACAGGGACUCAGGCCCCUUCACAAAGCCAUCAGUUCCGGUCAACUCAAUAUGAUCAUAUAUCUCUUAUCGGAGGGCGCUAGGGUGGAGGAGGGGGAAUAUGGGUUGACAGCUGUCGAGAAAGCUGUUAGAGAGGGCCAACUUGAUACAGUUGCGUUGUUCCUCGAAGUUCGUCCUGAUUGCGCCGAGCUCGCACUCAGGGCUGCACGAGGAGAUACACGUAACAAGUCGCAGCCGCACAUUGAAAAACAUAUUAGGAAUUGGAUGGCUAAAAGGGAAAUGGAAGGAAAGGAUCUUACAAAAUCAGCGGACAAUCCGUCAGAUACAAUACCAGAAGCGAUAGCCCGUCUGGGGCUCUUUAGUGACGUCUCGACAUAG